AUGGUUUUUCAGAUCGGAAAAGGCAUCAAAAGGAAAUCGCGAGGUUACCUGACCAGAUCAAAGGAAUCAGAGGCUGAUUCAGAAAAAGAUUGCUUCAGAGAGUGUAUGCAGAGUUCUGGUGAGUUAUCUUGGGGUUGUGGGUUCGAAGAAGCUGAAGGGUCAGCUCGAAUCACGAAAUCAGAGUCGACAGAGACCUGA